AUGGAUGGAGAAAAAUAUUCGACUUUGGAGCUUCUUUUUGCCUUUUUUCGGUUUUUGCGGCAAGCGCCAAGACAGGGAAAAAUCUCGACCACCGAAAAAGAUGCUCGCGACUUGUCAACGACUUUCUACAUCCCAUCACGAAAUACAAGCUUGACGCGCUCUCUGCACACGGAUUCUACCUGGUGGCAGGAGGUGCUUGCGUCUCCCUCUGCUCCCGAUAGCUCCAUUGGCCCCGGCCGCCGCAAUUGGACCUCCUACCGACCACUGCAUGAACUCGUCUCGACCUCACCUCUCGACAUCAGCAUUAUCGCCAUGAGCGGAAGAAUACCACUUGCAUCGGCAUUCCGGUCGUUGACUCUUCGCGGAGAAGCCCAGAGUUGUUCCAGCAGCGUCCUGCUCCGAAGGCCGUUCUCGUCAACAUCACGAUGCCAGGCAAUCUCAAAGGACGGGCAAGCGAACUAUGACCGCGAGCUCGAGAGCCGGCUACUAGGCGGCCAACCCAAGACUACAGCCGCCCCUUCUCGACUGGCAGCGCUAUCUCAGACUACCAGGUCACAGGCGGCCACCUCGAAAAACGCCCAGACAACAGAAGAGGUCCUCUCGAGAGUGUCGAACCUGAUCAAGAACCCAUAUCGGCCAGCAGAACCUCCACACCACAUACACGUCUUCAGCCAUAGACGCAACACACAUGUGACCCUAACACGGCCUAAUUGCGAGCCCAUCCUCUCCCUAAGCGCGGGCAACAUCGGUUUCCGCAAAGGGCACCGCGGAGGCUACGAGGCAGCCCAUCAAUUGUCCGUCUAUGUCAUGGACAAGAUCCAGGAGAGAGGCCUCCUUAUGCAAAUAAACCGCUUAGAGGUGGUCUUCCAGGGAUUCGGCCAGGGGCGCGAGGCCUUCACCAAAGUCCUGCUCGGCAAGGAAGGCAGGAUGCUUCGGGAUCGGGUCAUUCGAGUGUCAGACUCGACUAAACUGAAAUUCGGCGGCACACGAAGCCCCCGAGCAAGGCGUCUGGGUUGA